UUGGUAAACUCAUUCAAUGUAUGUACGUAAUGUCUUUGUUUAAGCUUCACAUUUCUUUUUUCUUUUUUCUGUAACUGACACACACACACACACACCACACAGAGAUCUUCACUUUUCAUUCUUCUGAUUCACUUCCAACUUCCAUAACCAUUCUUCCAGCUUGAUUUGAAAAUGAGGUUUGUUUGAAGGGUUUUCAAGAACUUUCUAGAAGGAAAAAGAAGAGACUUGUUUAUUUUAUAUUAUAAUCCUUUACAGUGAAAAAGAAUAGGUAUUUCCCCCAUCUUUUCUAUUGGGAAAAGCCAUGGGGGAUUUCUGUAAUUUUUAAUUAUGCAUCUUUAGAGUGUAGAGGUUAUUGAUAUGUUGUGAGGAACCAAAUAAUUCACUUGGUUUUUUUUUACUCCAAGUGUUGUAUUGUGAUUUCUGGUUUUAUUGUUUUCAAAGUUGAUUUCAAAUGAGACCCUAAUUUUAAGUCAAUUAAGUUGCCUUAGAUUUUUUUAAGGCACUUGGUUAAAUAUAAGGUUUCGGAUACUUCGAUAUGGCUGAAAAUGAAAAAGAAACAAGGUCAUUGGCCUUGACUCCUACCUGGUCUGUUGCCACUGUGUUGACCAUCUUUGUUGCUGUGUCCUUGCUUGUGGAGCGCUCGAUUAACCGUUUAAGCAAUUGGCUGCGGAAAACUAAUAGAAAACCUUUACUUGAAGCUUUGGAGAAGAUGAAAGAAGAGUUGAUGUUGCUCGGAUUUAUAUCUCUCCUACUUACUGCUACCUCUGGCAUGAUAGCCAAUAUUUGCAUUCCAUCAAAGUUCUAUAAUAGCGCUUUUGCUCCAUGCACUAGAUCCGAGAUUGAUAAAGAAAUUGAAGAGAAUGGGUCCGAAGGACGUAAAUUAUUGACGGCAUUUUCUUACCCUCACUUAAUUAGAAGGAUGCUGAAUGGAAUCAACAGAAGCUCCUGCAAAGAGGGUUAUGAACCGUUUGUUUCGUAUGAAGGUCUAGAGCAGUUGCAUCGGUUCAUUUUUGUCAUGGCGAUAACACAUGUAUCUUACAGUUGCCUAACAAUGCUGUUGGCCAUUGUGAAGAUUCACAGCUGGAGAGUGUGGGAGGAUGAGGCUCACAUGGAUCGGCACAAUUAUUUAGCUGAUAUUACUAGGCAGAUGACUAUGCGAAGGCAAUCAAGCUUUGCCAAGACUCAUACAUCAAACCCAUUAGCUAUUUGGAUGACAUGCUUUUAUCGACAAUUUGGGCGAUCUGUGGUUCGUGCUGACUACCUUACCCUUCGCAAAGGCUUCAUCAUGAAUCACAAACUUUCAUCAAAAUAUGAUUUCCACAGCUACAUGGUUCGAUCUAUGGAAGAGGAAUUCCAAAAGAUAGUUGGUGUGAGCGGCCCACUAUGGGGAUUUGUCGUCGGUUUCAUGCUUUUCAACAUUAAAGGCUCUAAUCUAUAUUUCUGGAUAGCUAUCAUUCCUAUAUCUCUUGUUCUCUUGGUGGGAACAAAGCUGCAGCAAGUUAUUGCAACGUUAGCACUGGAGAAUGCUGGAAUUGCUGGUUUCUUCUCAGAAGCUAAGUUGAGGCCCCGCGAUGAACUUUUCUGGUUUAAAAAGCCUGAACUAUUACUUUCCUUAAUCCAUUUCAUUCUCUUCCAGAAUGCAUUUGAGUUGGCUUCAUUCUUUUGGUUCUGGUGGCAGUUUGGAUAUAAUUCCUGCUUUAUUCGGAAUCACCUCCUUGUUUAUUUAAGGCUAAUCUUGGGAUUUGCCGGACAGUUUCUCUGCAGCUACAGCACGUUGCCACUUUACGCACUCGUUACACAGAUGGGAACGAAUUAUAAGGCAGCAUUAAUUCCACAGAGAAUAAGAGAAACCAUUCAUGGAUGGGGUAAAGCAGCUAGGAAGAAGAGAAGACAUGGUAUGUUCCCUGAUGACUCCACCGUUCAUAGUCAUACAGACACGAGCACUGUAUUGUCUAUUGAAGAAGACGAUCAUCGAAUUAUCGACGAUUCCUUUCAAGACAUUGCCACUGGUACUGAAGUAGAAUUACAACCGGUAACAACUGUUACGGCUACCCCUUCUCCUCCUAUCGCUAAUGAAACUUCAAGUAGGGCUAUUACGCCCCUCCUUCGACCCUCAGCUUCAGUAUCUUCAUCAGUACCAUUCAGUUCUAGACAAGAACCUGUUCCAAGAUCCUCCUCAUUGCCAAAUGGAAGAUAGUUACGAGGAAUAACAGAAUCAAAUCUUGAUGCAAACAAAAAGAAAUGAAACAAUUCAAAGGGCACACAUUGAUAAAUACGGCUUUUGUAUGAAUAUUAUUAGAAGCAUGAUCCUAAAUCGAACAUUAUGACGAAAAAAAGAUCCAUGUAGCCGAUCCCACUUUGUGAGAUAAGGCUUGGCUGUUGUUGUUUUCCCCCAUAAAAAGCCAUGUAAGGUAACAAUGCUUUAUCGGGACAAUCGUAGAAUGGAUACACUGGGUCUCUUGUUGCCAAGGAGCGGCAUUGCAAUUCCAACAUAGAAUCUUGCAUAUGAAAACUAAAUAGUGCAACCUUGUCUUGGCAUGUAUGGCUAAUGGAGUUUAAACACCAUAGCUUAACUUUGCAUGUAUUUGAAAAACUGGCCAUUAAUGUAACAACCAUGUACACACCCAAGACAACUUGAAUCCUAUAUUGAAGUUAAGCAUAAUGGAUCAGACUUAUUUGGAAUAAGUACUUGCAAGUCAUAAUCUUGAAGAAACAAAUUGUGUACAUGUAUAUUACCAGCCAAAGUAAUGCAAUUUCUCAUUGCACCCUUGCUCUUUCUCU